CCUGCACCCCCCGCCCCAUCUCUGCUGCCUCCUUUUCAUUUGCUGCUUCUCUUUUUUUUUUUAAUCCCGCCUGUGUGCGCCGCAUCCAUACCAAGAUCCACUGACUAGGCUAAUUCCCCGCAUGUCCCCGCAGCUUUCACCGGCUUUAAUUACAUCAUUGCCUUAAAUCACAUCUUUAACACGGGGACACAUCUUGGCCUGGCUGACAGCUGAUCACGAAGGACCACUUGAGCCGUCAUCUUUUUUUAUAUACACACAGCGGUGUUUUGUGCCGAGACGUAUUUUGGUGUCACAUUUUUGGCCAUGAGUGGAGCAUCCUGUCGCCUUCUCGUCUCAAGCUGCCACAGUGUGAGAAUGUUCUGGAAACAACCGGCCUGAAGGGCUUUUCUUUUUCUAAUGAAUUAUGUAGGCUCUGCUGGCCUCACAUUCAAACACAUUUUACCAUAAAAACAGGCAGUCUCCUUUAAAGUUUUUGCUUCUCUCCUCCACCUGAAAGACCUCCUCUCUGUGCAUAUCUCCCCUCCCUCACACACUCCCUGGCCAUGCAGGAGGCGUGACCCUCCUUCUUCUUCGUCUUUGUGCAACGUUGGAGGAGAUCUGACGCAGAGAAAACGACAACAACAACAAAAAAUCCCAACCUGUAAUUAAAUUAAGAUGUCAGACCCUGAUCCUUCAUCACCAGCUGACCCUCCGCUGCCACUCACCUCCCCCCGGACCCCCCUGCAGCUCUCUUUCCCCUUCCUAAGGGAGGGCAGUCGGGUUUGGGAGCGGGAGAGGAAACCGCCUCAGCCCGGAGAGCUGCCCAGCCCACUGCCCACCAAACGCACCCGCACAUACUCAGCGACAGUGCGAGCGAGAUCAGGUCCAGUAUACAAAGGGGUGUGUAAAAACUUCUCCAGGUCUCAGGGUCAUGGAUUCAUCCGCCCCUCUCGCGGAGGAGAGGACAUCUUUGUCCACAUCUCUGACAUUGAUGGAGAGUACGUACCUAUGGAAGGGGACGAGGUCACGUACAAGGUGUGUCCCAUCCCUCCCAAGAACCAGAAGAUCCAGGCUGUCGAUGUAGUGAUCACCCACCUGAAUCCAGGCACAAAGCAUGAGACCUGGUCAGGUCAGAUCAUCAGCUCCUAAACCAGUGAUACACGCUGUGAGGCUGCAAAGACAAAGGAGGAUUUAAUUUGAGGGUUUUAUGUUUUUGGGAUGAAAGGUUUGGGGCCGGGUCAGAAGAGGAGGACUCAGAACUUGGCCUUUCGCUUGGGCCUGAGGUGACAUUGUUAUGAAAAGUGUUGGUUCAGUUGAGUAUUAGGAUUAUAAUUAAGGUUUUGAAUGUAUACGUUUGAAUGUUUUCCUUUGAAGGUCAGGGUUUUAUCAUUUCUUUUUGAAUGUUUUAAUUAUAUAUGUCUUGGUUAAGAUUAUCUUAACAGGGUAUGGUGUUAGCAUUUUCACUUUGACCUUGAGAAUCUUUUUUGCUUGGAAAAUGAGUUGCUGUUAGGGAACUAAUGUUUUAAAUUUCGGAUGCUGAAGAGGCUGAAUCUUAUUUUUCUGCAAUUUGACCCAGUUAAGCUACAUUGGCACUCGUUCAGCACAUUACAGACAAGCUAAUCUUUAUUUACAGAUGUGGUACAGUACAGGAUUUUGUUAGUAGAAAUGUUCUUGGUUUUGUUUGUUGUAUGAGUAGUAUUGCCCAAAAGCGUUUUUUAUUGGGCAAUGCCUGUGCGAAGGAGAACAGUCUGUGCGGACCAUAAAAGGGGCGAAAAGCAAUCCACCUUAAAGCAAUCCAAGGACCCAUCAGCAGUCAUCUGACGAUUAUUUAGCUUUUAUUAAUAGUUUGAUCAAACAUCUGCUUGCAAGUGCAAGUUAACAACCUGCUCUUGGAUUUAGUUUCUCAACACUAUUUCCAUUCUCACUUAUGUUGCUCUUUGGACGGUAAACUAUCGCAACACACAGAAAACAAAGUCUUUGCUGGAAGUCCUUCAUCACUAUCCUGUGGCUACACUGGCAGCCUCGUAAAAGCUGGCCAUUGCUCCCAGAGGCAACAUAAUUGUCGGAUGAUAGCCGAUGAGUUCUGAGAUUGCUUAGAGUCUAAUUUAAAUCUGAUGGGACCAGCUCAGUAAAUCUCUCUUUCAGACCCACUUUCAUGUCGCCUCUUUUUACAACCAAGCAACCUACUGAUGGAAGCUUUGUGUCACCACUGCCAAAAGUCAUGUGACCAACAUCUCAAUGAAAAAUUUAGCCAUAUUGUGACUGUGUUUACAACGGCAGACAGAGAAGAAAAUAAAAGGAAAUCACAUUUGUAAAGACCCUUUCUGUUGUCUUAAUGCCAAGGGAGCAGCUGCUCAGCUGUGCCUUCAGGAAGUCAUGUUAUUUUCAUGAUGUACUCAAAAACCCUGCUAGUUCACGGCUGCCAAAUGAAAACAGUGGGAAUUCAGUCUGACAAAUGCAUUUUGGCCUCAGGAGCUGUAAUAAGCUCGAUAUAUAGGGAAUUAUUUUCCUUCUUAGUGUUGUAGCACUUCUGUAUUUUGUCUACUUGAAAAAUGUAGAAAUCCAGUAUUAUUGUAGCCAGCUCCUAUGACGGUCUUCAGUUUUGGUGGUAAAGACAGUAGCUGGACGUUGUGUUGGCCUGCCACAGGAAACCAGGCCAGAGGGUUUGGGGUGAGGGAACAGGAGAGGGAAGAAGGUCAGGAAAAGGGCAGAGGAUGGAGUGAUGAUCUAUGGGUGUAGUGGAUAACAGAUACAGCUUGAUUUAAAGUGAUAUAAAGAAUGUGUUUGAAGCAAGAUAUGAAAUCAGCAGUUCUCAAUUUAUGGCUCUUCAGGUUAACUUGAUAAGGUUGAAAAAAUAGUUUGACAUUUGAGGAAUGAUGCCUAUUUGGUUUUUUUUUUGUCAAGAGUUAGCUGAGAAGAUGGAUACUACUUUCCUUUACCUACUUAAUGUCAAGCUACUUGGAGCUGUUAGCCUAGCUUAAACUGGCUGAGCACAAAGACUGGAUACAGCUAGCCUCGCGUUCCCUGAAGGUGACAGAAAAUGCACCAGCACCUCUAAAGCUCAGCUAUAAACAUAUUAUUUGUUAAAUGCACUAAAAAAAAGAAAAACGCCAGUCUUUAGGACAUUUUAAGCUAACCACCUGCUAGCUAAACCUUUGUGUAAGCUUGAAAGAGGUAUUGCUUACUGUUAACAAAAAAGUGAAUAUGUACCUUUUUCAAAAUGUUAAACUAUUUCUCUAAUUUGUUUGUGGAGAAAAAAGAAAAUAAGCUUUGAUAGCAAGAAGUUUCUAGUAUUUUCUAUUGUUGUUAUAAAGCUGGUAAAAUACAUUAUUUGCAGCUUCCGAGCUUUCUUUUCUUUUUUUCAUAUUAUGCAAGAAAAAAAGUGAUAAAGAGAAAAAAUCAAAACAACUUUCAGAGAACAGUAUCAGGCUGAGGACGAUGAACUGCUGAUUUAGUUUGUUUGAUAAGGUGGAGUCUUAAUAUGUUUCUACAUGUCACGGCAUAUGACUGUCAACAAAAAACAGAGCAGGAAAAAUGUCCUGUUGGGAGUUUGAAAAAAAAAAGGUUAUUUAUUUAUUGACUUAUUUAUCAUUUGUAACUAUGAGACCAUCAGGUUUUUUGGUAAUUAAAAGCUGCAUUUAUAAGUAUUUGUGCAAAUGUAAGCCUCUUUGACUAUUACACUGCACACCUCACUCUAAUGAUACUUCCCUGUUAAUAUCUCUUUGCUACUGUCAUGUCAUCAUCGACAGGUUAAAAAAAACCUACGACCUUUCCUAACAAGUUUCUUAUUUCUACAUAAUCCUCGUGUAUUUUUAUUAGCUAUGUCAUGUACAAAAUAACAAGCAGUCUUGUUUCUGGUUAUUGGCAUGUUUUGUACUGUUUGUGGUAUUUUUUUUUUUUUUAAUGUAGAUUGUGUUUAUUUUGUUUCAUCAUGCAGUAACAGCCGGCGCCUUCAGAGAGACAUCAUCAGGUGUUCUAUGCAUCAUUGAGUGUGACUUGACAGUGUAGUAACACACUGUUGUGUUAGGUUUCUUUCCUGUGAGAGAAACGAGUUUGAUUGUGUUCGCAAGCACUUUUUAUUUUUGUCAGAUCACUGUGACAUUGUCUUUUGUCUUUAAGGUCGAGUUUGAAUAAAACUUACUACUGUAUUCACAAA